AUCCAACGCGACAGUGCUGUGUCAAACCAGCUCAACAGCCCACCAUGUUCCGCAGUAGGGACAAAAAAACGCCUGAACCGUUCCAGGAUGUUUCGCAAGGUUUGAAAAAGCUAUAUCGGACUAAACUCUUUCCCCUGGAGGACACCUACCAGUUCCACGACUUCCACUCACCGGCGCUCGAGGAUGCCGAUUUCGACAACAAACCCAUGGUUCUCUUGGUUGGUCAGUACUCGACCGGGAAAACCACCUUUAUUCGGCACCUGAUGGAGCAGGACUUCCCCGGUAUGAGAAUAGGUCCGGAGCCGACGACAGACUCUUUCAUAGCCGUGAUGCACGGUGACCAGGACGGGAUGAUACCUGGAAACGCCUUGGUUGUCGACCCCCAAAAACCCUUCCGCAAACUCAACGCCUUUGGUAACGCGUUCCUCAACAGGUAAAUAAAUACUCAUGCCAAGUUCCCAGGCCCAAUGGGAAUUUAAUAGGAUCUCUAUGGUAACACCUCUCUCAACAUUCCAUAAAAUACCUCCCUCACAAGCCUCUGCAUGUAGGGACUAUUUGAAGCAAAACUAUCUCUACUGUUGCAUCAUAUUCCUCCUGUCAUUUAGCCCAAGGUGUUUACCCCUUUAUUUCAUCACCACAACAGAUUGUAGCCUCUGUUCCAUCCACCAUACCUGUUGUUAACCCACCUGGACAAGUCACCUUGCCAAGUUGAGAGAACCUUUUCCCCUUGGCUAUUUGAACAGUGUAACAACACCUAGCCUAAUCUAAACUAUAGUCACAUCCUAGUCUGCAACAUUGUUUAGCCUGCAGCAGCACUGAAAGGUAAAUGGAAAAUAAUGGAUUGUGUUUUCAGCAGGCAGGCGACAGUGCUUUAUCUUUCUUCUCCUUAGUUGCACACCCCAGAAAAGGCUACGGUUGCCACAUCAGUAGUAACAGCUGGCCAACUCCCACUGAGGCUUCUGCCUGCUAUGAUGCAUUAGGAAAUCCUAGUCAAAGUGCAGUGCUGGUAUGUUCUUCAUGGUAGUGUGACAGCACAGUCAGUCAGCAUCUAGGCUAUGGCUACUCAGUACUCAGCUGGUCUUCUUGUGUAUUCAGUGACUCAUUAUCAUGACACAUCAAAGUGAUUCAGCGAUCCAGACUGCUCUAUGGUGCAUUCUGACACCACAGUCAGUUGUUCUAGUGCAUUCUGACACCACAGUCAGUUGUUCUAGUCUGUUCUACGUGGCAUUAUGACAACAAUAAGUUAGUUUGUCUGUUCUGGGGCUUUAUGUGUGUACUCUUAUCUUUGUCUUCAAACACACAAUCCCUCAAGGUUGUUUUAUUGUAGUGUCCUUUGCUGAAGUAUCCGCUAGAGAGAAGGUCUAUCUCCUCUCUGUGAGAGCUUGGCUGGCACCACAAUACACAGCACUCAAACAGAUGGUCAGAUAAACCUGGCCUUGUCUCUCUCCAUGUUGGAGAGACACAGACUGACUGUACAGGUUUUAGAGGAAGUCAUGUGCUGAACCUGGCAAUAGGGGAUUUCCUCAACCCCAGAUUAGCUGUGGUGCCUCACACACCGCCAUAUGCUGGCUCAAGACACAUGGGUCAACACUGAUGCUGGAUUAAACUCCUCCUCACCCCUGUUCUGGGGUACUACAUUACCCAGGGUGCAUCUGUACAGUUGAUUUCCAUUGACUCAUAGCAGAGAAAGUAAAUGAGGGUCAAUUGAUAAUUAUUCUCGCAAGUCAUCACAAGGCCCAUGAGACAGGGCUGUUUUACAACAAGACUGAUGACUAUUGUAACUGAGAGGACAGCACAGACAGAUGUUGUGGUAAUUAUAGGUCUAUAACCGUAGCGUUGACCUUUAACUACCACAACCAGCCAUCGGCCACUCUGUGCGUUUGUGUUCACAAUGGGAGUAGUAAGAGUCAGUGGGUUGGGGUUCCGUUUUACUGAACUCUGUUUUAAUGACUGACUGACUCUGCACAUUACUGCAUUGCGGCUUCCAGUAGCAUCUCAAAGAGAAAUGUGUUGUAAAAUACGUAGGCCUACUUGUCUUGCACAGCGGCACAGUCCACCACUUCCUCAGUGCUCAUACAAUGAAUGACAAUGCUGAUAGUAUUUCUUCACUUUGGGAAGUUGAAGGUCUUCCUGGUGGGGGUGAGGAGGGGGACAACAUGAUGUGGUUUCUGUUUCAGUGUGUGAUGGAGAGAGAGUCAUUCUGAGGUUAGCCCAAUUGUGUGGGAAAUGUUAGAUAAACGGGAAGGCUUGGCCAGAGUUCCGCAGAAUGUACAGUUGAAGUCGUAAGUUUACAUACACCUUAGUCAAAUGCAUUUAAACUCAGUUUUUCACAAUUCCUGACAUUUAAUCCUAGUAAAAAUUCCCUGUCUUAGGUCAGUUAGGAUCACCACUUUAUUUUAUGAAUGUGAAAUGUCAGAAUAAUAGUAGAGAUAAUUAUUUAUUUAAGCUUUUAUUUCUUUCAUCACAUUCCCAGUGGGUCAGAAGUUUACAUACACUCAAUUAGUAUUUGGUAGCAUUGCCUUUCAAUUGUUUAACUUGGGUCAAACGUUUCGGGUAGCCUUCCACAAGCUUCCCACAAUAAGUUGGGUGAAUUUUGGCCCAUUCCUCCUGACAGAGCUGGUGUAACUGAGUCAGGUUUGUAGGCCUCCUUGCUAGCACACGCUUUUUCAGUUCUGCCCACACAUUUUCUAUAGGAUUGAGGUCAGGGCUUUGUGAUGGCCACUCCAAUACCUUGACUUUGUUGUCCUUAAGCCAUUUUGCCACAACUUUGGAAGUAUGCUUGGGGUCAUUGUCCUUUGGAAGACCCAUUUGCGACCAAGCUUUAACUUCCUGACUGAUGUCUUGAGAUGUUGCUACAAUAUAUCCACAUAAUUUUCCUUCCUCAUGAUGCCAUCUAUUUUGUGAAGUGCACCAGUCCCUCCUGCAGCAAAGCACCCCCACAGCAUGAUGCUGCCACCCCCGUGCUUCACUGUUGGGAUGGUGUUGUUCGGCUUGCAAGCAACCCCCCUUUUCCUCCAAACAUAACGAUUGUCAUUAUGGCCAAACAGUUAAGCACGGGGGUGGCAGCAUCAGACUAGAGGUCAUUUCUCCAAAAAGUAUGAACUUUGUCCCCAUGUGCAGUUGCAAACCGUAGUUUUGGAGCAGUGGCUUCUUCCUUGCUGAGCGGCCUUUCAGGUUAUGUCUAUAGGACUCAUUUUUACUGUGGAUAUAGAUACUUUUGUACCUGUUUCCUCCAGCAUCUUCACAAGGUCCUUUGCUGUUGUUCUGGGAUUGAUUUGCACUUUUCACACCAAAGUACUUUCAUCUCUAGGAGACAGAACGCGUCUCCUUCCUGAGCGGUAUGACGGCUGCGUGGUCCCAUGGUGUUUAUACUUGCGUACUAUUGUUUGUACAGAUGAACGUGGUACCUUCAGGCGUUAGGAAAUUGCUCCCAAGGAUGAACCAGACUUGUGGAGGUCUACACAUUUUUUUCUGAGGUCUUUGCUGAUUUCUUUUGAUUUUCCCAUGAUGUCAAGCAAAGAGGCACAGAGUUUGAAGGUAGGCCUUGAAAUACAUCCACAGGUACACCUCCAAUUGACUCAAAUGAUGUCAAUUAGCCUAUCAGAUGCUUCUAAAGCCAUGACAUAAUUUUCUGGAAUUUUCCAAGCUGUUUAAAGGCACAGUCAAUUUAGUGUAUGUAAACUUCUGACCCACUGGAAUUGUGAUACAGUGAAUUAUAAGUGAAAUAAUCUGUCUGUAAACAAUUGUUGGAAAAAUUACUUGUGUCAUGCACAAAGUAGAUGUUCUAACCAACUUGCCUAAACUAUAGUUUGUUAACAAGAAAUGUGUGGAGUGGUUGAAAAACGAGUUUAAAUGACUCUAACCUAAGUGUAUGUAAACUUCCGAAUUCAACUGUAUGACAUACAAAGUGGAAAAAUACACUGUUUUUUUUUAUACUUGGCAAAUAUUCCCAUUGUAAUAUGAUACGACUCUACCACAGGACUCCCCCCCCUUAUUUAUUUGACUUCUUGUUUGGCCUUAAAUGUUCUGUGCCCCCCCCCCCCCCUUAUUUAUUUGACUUCUUGUUUGGCCUUAAAUGUUCUGCCCCCCCCCCCCCCCUUCUCUCUAUGAAACGUCUGUUGUAAACGGUCCAGUUGUAGACUAGAUCUACUAUCCUGGGAGAAUGUAAGUUAAGAGCUUAGUUCUUGUAGUCUUGUGACCUAAUGCAUGUAGCAUAAUGUCCAGAAUAUUAGUUCUGAGGGAGCAGUGUCCAGAAUAUUAGUUCUGAGGGAGCAGUGUCCAGAAUAUUAGUUCUGAGGGUGCAGUGUCCAGAAUAUUAGUUCUGAGGCAGUAGUGUCCAGAAUAUUAGUUCUGAGGCAGCAGUGUCCAGAAUAUUAGUUCUGAGGCAGCAGUGUCCAGAAUAUUAGUUCUGAGGCAGUAGUGUCCAGAAUAUUAGUUCUGAGGCAGCAGUGUCCAGAAUAUUAGUUCUGAGGCAGCAGUGUCCAGAAUAUUAGUUCUGAGGGAGCAGUGUCCAGAAUAUUAGUUCUGAGGGAGCGGUGGGGCAGCAGAGUUCUGGGAUGAGAAGUAAUAGAAGUUGUAAAGCUAAUGCAAGAUGACAACAUCAUGUGUUGUAUGGGUUUGGGCAGCGAGUCAAGGUUAUUCUAUGGAUAAUUGAAGAAAUGAUGCAGCAUUCAACUCUCACAGAAAACAGUUCUCUCCUUGUUUGAAUUGUGCUUUGUUCCACUUCCAGUCAAACCAUUCAGUUCACAUUUCUAGCUGUGACAGGUUGACUGGAAGCAUAGUUUGGGCAUACAUGAAUGCCUUGCUUUGUUUCAGCAUCCUUACUUAACUGUCUUUUUCUCUCUCUCUCCUCUCUUCUCUCUCUCUCUCUCAGAUUUAUGUGUGCUCAGAUGCCCAACCCAGUCCUGGAGAGCAUCAGUAUCAUCGAUACCCCUGGAAUCCUGUCAGGGGAGAAACAGAGGAUAAGCAGAGGUCAGCCACACACACACAAACUAAUAUAUCACCGUAAACUCAAAUGUGUCAAGCCUGCCAGUGUCAACCACUCAAAG